UACACAGGCUAGAUAAAUGAUUCUUCGUUCUGUGUGGUUUGGAGCUGGAUCUGCGGAGCGUUUCAUAAUCAUACCCUUUUUAUGGUUUGUUUGAAUUUGAUCACUGGCUGAUUUCAUGCAUUGAUAAUGACUGCUUAGGUUGCCUGUUUCUCAGCAUAAAUUCACCUCAGACUUCUACUUUGACAGUGCUCUGUGUUUCCGUCCGCAUGAAGAUACAGAACUGAAAUUGCUUUGCUUUCUUUACAAAUGACUCAGAGUGUGCUUGUCCUUCCCUAAAAUGUUGCCAGCGUGUGAAGGAUUUUCAAUGAGCAAUGCUAUAAGGCAGCAUCUGGGAAGGUUUGGAGCUGCACUGGUGUGCCAGUGUACUGUGACAGAGGAGCAGGGCUGGAGCCAAGGCUCUGUAGCACUGUAGAUCAUAUUGGUCACAUACUGGAAGUUUUGUUUAUGUCACUUAGUUCCAUUUGAGCUCGUUAAAUACUACUGCCAUAAUGUGGAGUGGACUUCCCAGUAGAGGGCCAUUGCAUGGAUGCUUUAACAGCUGUACCAAGCUCUACACAAACCGAUGGCUCUGAACAGCAGUGUGGCUCCUUGCUGCCAGAUCCCUUCCACACCAUGGAGGAAUUAAUUUCACUGAGUAAGGCACAGCGAGGAAGUACUAAUUCAGCAAGAUAUAGGUGAGGCACUACUGCACUUCCCACCCUUGUGCGUGCACCUACCCUGAUGAUGCAGCCUUCCCUGGAUAUCAAACCCUUUAUGUCCUUCCCCGUGGACAGCAGCUCUGCUGUUGGAUUCUUCCCAAAUUUUAACACAAUGGAUCCUGUGCAAAAAGCAGUUAUAAACCAUACGUUUGGAGUGUCCAUUCCCCCAAAGAAGAAGCAAGUCAUUUCCUGUAAUGUCUGCCAGCUUCGCUUUAACUCUGAUAGCCAGGCCGAGGCCCACUACAAAGGAAGUAAGCAUGCCAAGAAGGUGAAAGCACUAGAGGCAACGAAAAAUAAACCAAAAGUUGGGUCUUCCAAGGACAGCGCAAAGGCUAACCCAAGCUGCUCCACGCCAGUCACAGCCAACAUCUCUGACAAAUCAGAAGAUAAAGGGAAAGUGAAAUCCAAUGGUGCAAGUCAGCAUUCCAGUACAGAAGUGGGUGCUUUUCUUCCCAAAACUGGAGUGGCAGCAGUGGCAGCAGUGGCACCUGUAACACCUGCAGCAUCCUCCAACAGCACAAAUGGGGCUCCUAGCACAGCCUCUGAGUCAGAAGAGGAAAAAGCCAAAAAACUGCUUUACUGUUCAUUAUGCAAAGUGGCUGUGAAUUCCCUGUCACAACUAGAAGCGCACAAUACAGGCUCAAAACACAAGACGAUGGUUGAGGCUCGGAAUGGUGCUGGUCCCAUCAAGUCUUACCCCAGACCUGGCUCCCGGCUGAAGGUGCAGAAUGGCAGUAAAGGCUCAGGACUGCAAAACAAGACAUUUCAUUGUGAAAUCUGCGAUGUCCACGUUAAUUCAGAAAUUCAGCUUAAACAGCACAUUUCCAGCCGAAGGCAUAAGGACAGAGUUGCAGGAAAGCCUAUGAAACCCAAAUACAGUCCUUACAACAAGCUGCAGCGCAGUCCAAGUAUUUUAGCAGCAAAGCUUGCGUUCCAGAAAGAUAUGAUCAAGCCGCUGGCCCCUGCAUUUCUCUCCUCACCACUGGCUGCUGCAGUGUCAUCAGCGCUGUCACUCCCAGCCCGCCCUGCGGCCUCCCUCUUCCAGGCACCUGCCAUCCCCCCAGCCCUCCUCAGGCCUGGCCAUGGGCCCAUUCGUGCUACACCUGCCUCCAUACUUUUUGCACCAUACUGAGUCUGGUGUUAAAGGGAGAUAGCUGUGGCCAGUAGGAAGGGUCAAAGAAAACAAACAAAGGGUCUUUUGAAAUGCCACCUGGCGUGACAUCUCAACCAUCUUCACUAUAAACUCAUCACUGACGGUACUAAGUUUUGAAAUCUAGACAACUCUCUUUCUUGGUCUCUCUCUCCCUCUUAAUCCCAGUAGACAAUGAUUUACUAAAAACUUAAUUGCUCAUAAAAUGAUAUUACUAGA